AGCGCCGGCUCCGGCCGAGGCGCGGCGGGGACGCUCUGGGGGCUGCCAGCUUCUCCGCGAGCGCCGCGAUGCUGACCAGCUGCGGGAAGAAGCUGCUGCUGUCUCUGCUGGGCUCCACGCUGACCUGCCUUUUGGUGCUGAUGGGCGAGCAGCCCAGCGGCCCGGGGAUCCGCGACGGCGGCCACGGGGGUCUCCUGCUCCGGCGGGGGGCGCAGGGCUGGCGGCGGAGCGGGGAGCCCCCCGGGCAGGAGCCCGACCCGCAGAUCCGCUCCUUCAGCGGCUACUUCGGCCAGCUCAGCCGGGCCAAGAGGGAGGCUGGCGGCGGCGGGGGCAGCCACGGCCCCGCGGGGGGGAGGCAGCCGCAGCAGCCGCCCCCCUCGGCCCCCGCCGCCCCCCGGGAGGAGAUUUCGCCCAGGGACGUUUUCAUCGCCGUCAAGACCACCAAGAAGUUCCAUAAGGCGCGGCUGGAGCUGCUGCUGGACACCUGGAUCUCGCGCAACCCGGAGAUGACCUACAUCUUCACGGAUGGAGAAGACAAAGAGCUCAAGCAGAGAAUUGGAAACAUUGUCAACACCAAUUGUUCUGCUGCUCACAGCCGUCAAGCCUUGUCCUGCAAGAUGUCGGUGGAAUACGACAAGUUCAUUGAAUCUGGACGAAAGUGGUUUUGCCAUGUGGACGAUGAUAAUUAUGUGAAUGUCCGGAUGCUGGUCAAACUGCUCUCCAGCUAUGCUCACACACAGGAUAUCUACAUUGGGAAACCCAGUCUGGACAGGCCUAUCCAGGCCACUGAGAGAAUCAGUGAGAACAAGAUGCAUCCGGUCCACUUCUGGUUUGCCACUGGUGGUGCUGGUUUCUGCAUCAGUCGUGGUCUGGCACUGAAGAUGACCCCUUGGGCCAGCGGUGGGCACUUCAUGAGCACGGCGGAAAAGAUUCGUCUCCCUGACGAUUGCACCAUUGGGUACAUCAUAGAAUCUGUCCUGGGGGUGAAACUGAUCCGAAGUAAUCUCUUCCACUCCCAUCUUGAGAACCUCCAUCAAGUGCCCAAAUCAGAGAUCCAUAAGCAGGUCACUUUGAGUUAUGGGAUGUUUGAAAACAAGAGGAAUUCCAUCCAUAUGAAGGGGGCUUUCUCCGUGGAGGAAGAUCCUUCCAGGUUUCGCUCCAUCCAUUGCUUGCUGUACCCGGAUACGCCUUGGUGUCCUUCCAACGUCGUUUACUAAAAGUCUUGACGUCCCCUUAACCUCAUCCCGAGUUCCCCGGUAUCCGAAGAGCUUCUGGGACCUGUAUUUUUAUCAUUAGUGUGUGCGUGUGUGCGUCCUUUGUUUGCUGUGAAGCAAUGAGCUCCUAAUUACGGUGGUUCAUUCACAGUGUAUGUGUGUUUCCUCCGGCUGCUGUGUGGUCUUGUGUUCCUCGCUGUCCACGCGGUGACUAUCAGGGUAUAAAUAUUUUAGAAGCUUCCUAAUGAAAGAACAAUUGUUACAGGUUUUUUUUUUCCCAGCCCUCCCCUUCUUUGCAAGGGCUUCAGGCUGGUUGUGUAUUGUGAAAAGGUCUUUUCUAUCUGCCAUCUGCUGAACGCAACGCUGCAGGUUUCUUGCAGAAAAGGCUUCCUUUCCCCAUAAUAUAAUAUUCUUUUCUUUCCAUCCAUUUCUUACGAGCCGUAGUACCCAGAAAAGCCCAAACCGCUGCAGGGUGCAAACGGCCAAAUCUGAAAUACUUUUAAACCAUGUGUUGUGGCAGAUGCUAAGCUGAUAUAGAAUUGCCCGUUUUAACCGGUCGCAUCAAAGAAACGGCAAGCGUUUCUCAAAUUUGCAACUUUAAAAGGGGUGCCUUUCAAUUCCCAGAAUUCAGCCUUCCAUCCUUCCGGGGUAGGUAAAAUGAGGACCUAGAUUGUUGGGGGCAAUGUAAAUAUAUAUAUACAUUGCUACCGCUUAGAGAGUGCUUGCACUUAAAGUGGUAUAUAAGUCUCAUAAAUAAAUAAAUUCCCCGGCCAACUUCCAUGUAAAGCGUACGGGCUGGGAAAUUCUGGGAGCUGAAGUCCACCCUUCUUAAAAAGCACAGGCUAGGGAAUUCUGGGAAUUGAAGUCUUAAAGUUGCCCAGUUUGAGAAACACUGGACUAAUGCUUAACCUGGUUAUGUAGUGGUUUGGGCUGUUUGAGGACAUCAACACCUGCAAGAUGGAUGUUCACAGACUUGGAAUCAAAGCCUGGAUGCCACCUUGCAGAUGUUCACCCAGACCUCUCCUCCCAAAUCUGCUUUUUCAACUGGGGUCCUUUAGCUUUGUGGUACUCCCCAUUCCAAAUCUUUCUGGCUGGGAACUAUUGGAUCGGGAAUCUAACAUAGUUGGAGGAUGCCUGCUUGAAGAAAAAACAACUUUUGGCCAUCGGUUGUCUUUCUUCCAAUGUUUGCCCACCUUUUUUCCCAUCCUGCUUGUUCCUUCCUGCUUCUUCAGGCUCUGCGUAAUUUUUCAGAUGAAGGUUUACAUAGGAAACAGACUUUUGUUGAUUUGCUCUGUAUGUGUUUUUGUACAUUUUUGUUGGGGGAUGUUUUGGGGUUGUUCCUUUCCCCCGUACUAUGUGUAGACUUCCCUCUGAGAGGUGCCUUUUAUUUUUUUCCCUAAAUUCAUUAAGAGCUGGUCUCUUGAACAUUCGCUGUUUUCAGUUGCACUGAAGGGAGACUCAAACGAUAAAAGAGAGUUUUUUGUCAAGGAACUAUUAUCUAAUCCUUUUCACCCUGGCCUCAAUGACUUUACUGAAGCUUGGUGGGCUUCUUACAAGUAAAUAGGCAAAGGAUUGCAAACUGCACCUAAAUCCAGAACUAUGGAACGCAGCCAGGCAGAAUUAAAUAAAUAUUCAAUACCAAAUGUAUAAGCAAAAGGUUGAUAGCAGAUUGGAACGCUACAGCUCCAGAAAUCCUCAAUUCCAAUCUUAAUUUAUUAUUAUUAUUUGCAAACGCUUACUUGGCUGUAUUCAUAGUUCUGUCUUGCUGCACAAAUGCCUGUGUAGAUUCAGAAUUUUAGAUCCUUUGGAAGAUGAAAUUAUUUUGAUUCUACUAAAUAUAUAUAUAAAAUGAGCAAUCCUCUGUGGAAUUUACGCAGGAGGAGAUCCUACCGUGUUGAAUGGGAUCUGUUCCCAGGAAAGCACAAAAUAGGUGGCCCACGACAUAGGGCCCCAACUGAAUUAAUAUUUAAGUAAGUAAUUUAAGUAAUAUUUAAUUUUACUUACUGUAAGUAAGUCUUUAAUUUUAUGGACCAAUUGGGAGGAACCAGUGUCCGUUAAAGCCAAAUGUUCAUUAAACCCAACGUUAUGUAACGCCCGUGAAUGUUACCUGUUCAUAAUAUUUAUGUUAUAUACCCAUGUACUUUACAAAAAAAUAUGUGGGCGCGUGGUCUGAUUUACGAAAGAGCAGACCAAGCUGUUGUUGGCUGAAGUCGCCCAAAUUCAGAUAUUGUCUGUAAAAUCCAAAGUCUGUUGAAUCAGGGUCUGUAAAAUUGAGAUGUUAUCGUAGCAACAUCCAGACUGUGAUUGGUAGAGAAUGACUUGUGUUAUUAAUUUAAAAGGACUAUAAAAUGUUGGAAGCAAUGAGGGAUCCUAUAUUUCUCUUGUAAGUUGGACGUGGUGUUGAUUCACCGUCUCCCUUCGUUGUAACGCCUCUGUCAAUGGACCAAGGUGAUUUGGCUGCAGCAUUUGCACCUCAAGAGUUGCAUUUAACUCUCCUGCAAAAUGCCACAUAGCCUUUUCUUCCUAGGUCCCAAAGGCAGAGAUGGAGAGCCGAAAGCUUCCCUUGCAAACAAAAAGAAAACAAAAACAAAAAGAGAGGCCCAUACUGGGUAGUGUUUGUAAAUAUUUUAUUGCAACAGUGUUAUUUACUGUGCUUUUUUUUUUAAUGUUGAGUCUGAUUUUGACAAAAGUGCGUUUAAAAGUGGUGGAUCAGCAAAAAAAAAAAAAAGAGGAAAAACUGUUGUUUUUUUCCUGGUCUGUUGAAAGAACGAAAAUACGGAAAAAGUUUUAUGUUGUUUGACACUUGUCUGUAAUUUAUAAAUCCCAGUAUCUGGGAUGUUGCUUUCUGUAAAGUACUGUACAUAUAUAAUGUGAUUCUCGCUAUAAAUAUAUAAAUAUUAAAGAGGAAUAAUGCAGCAUGUGUGGGAGGGAAACAAUGAUUAAUAUUCUCAGGGAAUUAAACCUGAUCACCACCACAGAGUGCCUGUGGCUGAUGUCUUCUCUGUGCUUUCAAUAAAAGAAUUUGUUGGCUAAUUAA